GUCCGGCGCUGCGCCCUUGAACCCGCUGCGCUCUCGGCCCCGCGCACCCGCCACCGCAGCCUGCUCCCCGCGCCUGCCCUCCUCGAGCAGACAUGGCCUCAGGUGCCAUCCCCGCGGCCGUGAAGAUUGGAAUAAUUGGUGGAACAGGCCUGGAUGAUCCAGAAAUCUUAGAAGGAAGAACUGAAAAAUAUGUGGAUACUCCAUUUGGCAAGCCUUCUGAUGCCUUAAUUCUGGGGAAGAUAAAGAAUGUUGAUUGCAUCCUCCUUGCAAGGCACGGGAGGCAGCAUACCAUCAUGCCCUCGAAAGUCAACUACCAGGCAAACAUCUGGGCCCUGAAGGAGGAGGGUUGCACACACAUUGUAGUGACCACUGCUUGUGGGUCUUUGAGGGAAGAGAUUCAGCCCGGCGAUAUUAUCAUUAUCGAUCAGUUCAUUGACAGGACCACCAAGAGACCUCAGACUUUCUAUGAUGGAAGUUCCUCCUGUGCCAGAGGAGUGUGCCAUAUUCCAGCAGCUGAGCCAUUCUGCCCCAAGACGAGAGAGGUCCUCAUAGAGACUGCUAAGAGGCUAGGACUCCGGUGCCACUCAAAAGGAACAAUGGUCACAAUCGAGGGACCUCGUUUUAGCUCCCGGGCAGAAAGCUUCAUGUUCCGCGCCUGGGGUGCAGAUGUGAUCAACAUGACCACAGUUCCAGAGGUGGUUCUUGCUAAGGAGGCUGGAAUUUGCUAUGCCAGCAUCGCCUUGGCAACAGAUUAUGAUUGUUGGAAGGAGCAUGAGGAAGCGGUUUCGGUGGACCGGAUUUUAAAGACCCUGAAAGAAAAUGCCAAUAAAGCCAAAAGUUUACUCCUCACUACCAUACCCCAGAUAGGGUCCAUGGAAUGGUCGGAAACUCUUCAUACUCUGAAGGAUAUGGCCCAGUUUUCUGUUUUAGUACCAAAACAUUAAAAUAGCCUGGCUGCCCAGAAGACAAGAAGACUUUCUAAUUCUACACAUUUGGGGAAUUCCUGCUUAACUUUAAAAGACAUGCAGCUUUCAUGCCCUUGCCUGCUAAGGAAGAACAUAUAAGACAAGACAUUGCAUGAAUCAGAGAUGCCUUCUAACAGACUUGGACUGCUUCAGAAAAUGGAAAGAAAGCAAAUGACUAGUAAACAUGUGGAAAAUUAUACUUUAUAAAAAAGACAAGAAGAUAUCAUUCACCUCCCCCCAUUAAAUUUGUAACAAUAAAGCGUGGGAGAUAACAUCCAAUUUCCUAUGUUGGCAAGAAAUACGAAGAAGAAAUGGGACUCUUAGGCCAUUUAUUGGUGUGACUGUAAAUUGGUACAAUCUUUUUGGAGGGCAGUUUGGUAAAAUGUAUCAAAAGUCUUAAAAAAUACACCCUUUGUGCUGGUUACUCCUAAGAAUUUAUCUUUAAAAAAUUAUUGGAGAUACAUACAAAGAAUUAGGUAUAAAGAAGGAUGUCUAAUAUAGUGUUAGUUAUAAUAGCAUAUAUUCAAAACAAUCUGAAUAUCCAACAAUUGGAGGCCAAUUAUAAUUUAGCUCUAAUUACAUUAGAUUAUGAAGGAGCCAACUGAAAAUCAUGGUUUCACAUAAUACUUAAUGUCCUAAAGAAGUGGUGUCUCUAUAGUAUGAAAUGAAAAAAGGAUAUGUAAGCAUUUUACAGUGCUGAUUUUGUUUUAAAAUUCUACUUAAAUAUACAAAAAGACUAGAAAGAUAUAUAUAACCUUUUGUUACUGUAUUUGGGGGAGGGAUACUGGAAAGUUUCAAUUUUCUUUAUAUUUUUCUGUCUCUUCACACUUUUUUACAAUGAAUAUAAUCAAAUAAAAAUAGACCUGUUUUAAAAAUAAAAA